CUCAUGGCCACAGCAGAGUGGGAGAUAAGCAAAGGCGAAGGCUCAGAGAGAACCUGGUCCUUGGGCUCUCUAAACAACCCAGGCGAUCUAUGUGGGUUGACGUUGCUGGGUGAGGCUGCUAGCUAUCAAGAACAAUGAACUUCCAGGUACCACCGCCCAAGUGAAAACUAAGAGUCUGUGGAUUUCCUGAUUCCUCAUCAAGCCUGCUUCAAGAUGUCUGGAGCAUCCAAGGAGGGUUUGGAGACCCGGGGGCUGCUGGUGUCAGGCAAGGCCUACUUAACCACCAUGGACAGAAAGCUUAAUGUGCUAAACGAGAAGGUUGACAAACUCUUGCAUUUCCAGGAAGACGUCACGGAGAAAUUGCAGUGUGUGUGCCAAGGCAUGGGCCACCUGGAGCAGGGCCUUCACCGCCUGGAGGCCUCUCACAUCCUGGGCCCAGGGGGAGCCGACCACACUCCUCCGGCUGAGUCUCAGGCUGGGUGGCCAGAGGUCCUGGAGCUGGUGAGGGCUGGGCGGCAGGAUGCUGCCCAGCACGGUGCCAGGCUUGAAGCCCUAUUCAGGAUGGUGGUGGCCAUGGACAAGGCCAUAGCUUUGGUGGGGGCUGUGUUCCAGAACUCGAAGGUGGUGGAUUUCAUCAUGCAAGGGAGUGUCCCCUGGAGGAAAGGAAGCCUGGCUGAUGGCCCUUCGGAGAACAAAGAUCGAGUGGAAGAGAAAGGAGCCAAACCAAAGCACGCGCUGAGCACCAGAGCCGUGCAGGCCGAGGUCAGGGGGCCUCGGGAAGGGUGCAGCAGGGUCUGUGGGGAAGUGGAGCGGCUUCUCGGCUCUGCGGACACGCCCAGCUCAGCUCGACCUGUUUGUUCAAGAGAAACAAGAAGGAUCUCCAUCCAUGUGCAGGAAACAGACACCCCUGGGGAGCUGCUUGUGACGCGAGGAGACAGCCUCAGACACAACCCCCCUGAGGAGGCCCCAGCAGCUGCCUAUCCUGGUGAGCAGGACCCACCUGGGCCCAUCCCCCAGACCCCUCCAGCCAAGUUGGAAAAACAGAUCCCAAAAGGAGCUGGCAAGAUUUCUCCACUGCAGAAGCAGAGCAGCAGUGAGGGAGCAAAGGCCGAGGAGAAGCAGGGGUUGGGGGCUGAGUCCACCAAGGGACCCAGAGGAGCCAGGAGGAACACGGGAGACUGUGCUGGAGCCCUGGGCCGGCAGCAGGACAAAGGCCCAGGGACGCGACACCCUGAGCCUGGAAAGGACUGCAGAGCUGGAGGCGUGGGCAGAGCCGAGGUGGGACGGACCACCCCCCCGGGAGCCGAGGCUGGCAGUGUGGUUCUGGAUGACAGUCCAGCCCCACCAGCCCCUUUUGAACACCGGGUGGUGAGUGUCAAGGAGACCUCAACCUCAGCAGUUUACACAGUGUGCCAGCAUGACGUCUUGGGAGGAGGCCGGUUUGGCCAGGUCCACAGAUGCACGGAGAAGUCUACAGGCCUCUCGCUGGCAGCCAAGAUCAUCAAAGUGAAGAGUGCCAAGGACCGGGAGGAUGUGAAGAAUGAGGUCUACAUCAUGAACCAGCUCAGCCACGUGAACCUGAUCCAACUCUAUGAUGCCUUUGAGAGCAAGAACAGCUUUACCCUCGUCAUGGAGUAUGUGGAUGGAGGUGAACUCUUUGACCGGAUCACAGAGGAGAAGUACCAGCUGACUGAACUGGAUGUGAUCUUGUUCACCAAGCAGAUCUGUGAGGGUGUGCAUUACCUCCAUCAGCACUAUAUCCUGCACUUGGACCUCAAGCCGGAGAACAUACUGUGUGUCAAUCAGACAGGACAUCAAAUUAAGAUCAUUGACUUUGGGCUUGCCAGAAGGUACAAGCCUCGGGAGAAGCUUAAGGUGAACUUCGGCACUCCAGAGUUCCUGGCUCCGGAAGUCGUCAACUACGAGUUUGUGUCCUUCCCUACGGACAUGUGGAGUGUGGGGGUCAUUACCUACAUGCUACUCAGCGGUUUAUCCCCAUUUCUAGGGGAAACAGAUGCAGAGACCAUGAAUUUUAUUGUGAACUGUAACUGGGAUUUUGAUGCUGACACCUUUGAAGGGCUGUCAGAGGAGGCCAAGGAUUUCGUUUCCCGCCUGCUGGUCAAAGAGAAGAGCUGCAGAAUGAGUGCUACACAGUGCCUGAAACACGAGUGGUUGAAUAAUUUGCCUGCCAAAGCCUCAAAAUCCAAAGUUCAUCUCAAAUCCCAAUUAUUACUGCAGAAAUACAUGGCUCAGAGGAAAUGGAAGAAACAUUUCUACGUGGUGACGGCUGCCAACAGGCUAAGGAAAUUUCCAACUUGCCCCUAAUUCUCAACUCGGCUGCUCCCGUGGGUCCCAGAAGUUACGGACUGGUGGUGAAGUGACGACUCAAGAUUUUUAAUAAUCCAGCCUUGUAGGGAUAUCGAUUCCAUUUAUUUUGUAAGAAGCGUUAUGGCUGUUGCCUUCUUUGUGGGUGAAAAGUGGCUGUAGGGAAAGUGACCCAUGGACCUUUUGUUCCUGCCAUCUAGAAUCAUACUAAGUUGAAAUGCCGUGUUUACUUCUCAAGUACACCUACUUUUGGCGAUAAAUGUAGGCAUGCUUUAGGGAGGUAGGAAAGCUUCUACUUUGUAUAUGUCAAACUUAAAGGCUAAGCUUACUCUGACUAAAGAACUCAGUAGACUCACACAGGGAUAUGUUAUCCGGCACACACAUCCUCUAGUACAAAGAAUUCCUAGAAUUUUGAUUUGCUCAAGUAUGAGCUGACAUUUAGGUGUACUAUCCUGCUCUAGUGGAAAGCAAUGUGGAUUUAGGGGUUGUGGUCCUCAAAUUUGUUUUAACUUGUGCUCCCUUUUGAGAAUCAAAUCGUGCAUCCUUUAAUAUUCUUUGAAACUUCAAAAUAUACUACCUGUCAUGGUUGAAUCAGAACAAUGAUCAUUUUACAUGUGCUUUUUAAAUCCAUACCCCCCUCUCCCCUCUCCUAAGUGGCCCCAUUCUGGCAUUGGUAGUCUUGUUUCUGACCUCCCUUCCAUUAUGAAUUUAUGGUCUAGGAAGUCUGGACACUGAUAUGCAAUAUGUAAAAGAGAAACAAGAGUGUCAUGGUUUUCAGUCUUCUGGGAGAAACACGGAAUGAUACUCAUGAGAAAAUAAACUGCUCUGCUAUACGAUAUACCGUU